GUCAGGCUCUUCAGUCCAGCGAACAGUGAAGUCAGACAGACAACGACUGAACGGCUGCACUGGGAGUGUUUAUGGCUGCGUACUCAGCACGACGUGCAGUAAUUUGUUGUAUUUGAGAAUACUCGGUGUUUUUAGAGGCCAUGAAAACGAAACUACCGCUCCUAAUUCAACAAGGAAUGUAGUUAAGAAAAAGUCGACUGAAUGUGGACACGGCUAACUUUUAAGAGACUCAGUCGUCGAGCGAAAUUCAACUUCAUCGAUCGCGGAUAGUUCUUCUGAAAAUACAGUCAGCGGAAGUCUAACUAGGAUUAAAAGCAGUGCUUGAAGACAUGGACUUGGUGUUUUUUCGAGGAACUACAUGAAUUUAACGGAGCAACUAUCCUUUUGUAACUUUUCUUCCUCAACAGAGGUGCAAACUGUUGUCGUAGUGGCGUACAUUAACGUCGGCUAAUUUUAGCAAGCUAGCUAGGACAUUAGCAAGCAGCCUAGCAUUACAGUAGUUUGCUACUGCCAGGACUAUUUCAGGCAACUUUUUUUUAUGACAAUGUUUAGCAUGUGUUUUGCAACAGGUAGAUAUUUUGCAAACACGACGAAGCAGUAAAAAAUAACAUCAGAAAAUUUGAAACUUGAGCGAUAAUUUUUCUUAUGUUUGUAACUCCCAGGUUUCCUGCGGGCAAUGUAAUGAGUUGUAGUUUGGCUUUUUGCUUCGUGUUUUGAAGAUUGUCCCCCGUGUUUUCAGAAAACAAGUUACCCGAAUGAUGCAGUCUUUGGACACAGUCUAAUCCCAAUACCGAGCGACCAUGUUGGAUCAUACAGAAUAACACCACUGUUGGACUGUAGGAGACGAGCUUCAAGUCGUGCAGUUGGCUCCAUAUUUUUGUGCUGAUGCGAACAGAAGAGGAAACCUUUUGUUUGUCCUAGGGAUACAAUAGCUUGCCUGAAGUCUUCAUCAGUUUAUGCAUCAAAAUGUCGGCCAUCUCCGCAUCCGAGAAAGUGGACGGGUUUACGAGAAAGUCCAUGAGGAAGGCCCAGAAACAGAGAAAAUCCCAAGGCUCUUCUCAAUACCGCACACAGAGCGCUCCGGUCGAGCUUUCACCGCUGCCACAGCUCAAAGAUGCCCCCUCCACAGAGCAGCAGGAGCUGUUCACCCAGAAACUCCAGCAGUGCUGCAUGCUCUUCGACUUCCUGGACUCUGUGACGGACCUGAAGAGCAAGGAGAUCAAGAGGGCCACACUGAACGAGCUCGUGGACUACGUUUCCACCAACAGAGGGGUGCUGGUGGAAUCUACGUACCCAGAGAUCACUAAUAUGAUCUGCACCAAUAUAUUCCGGACUCUUCCACCAAGUGACAACCCUGAUUUUGACCCAGAGGAAGAUGAACCCACUCUAGAGGCUUCCUGGCCUCACGUUCAACUGGUCUAUGAGUUUCUCCUACGCUUUCUAGAGAAUCCAGACUUCCAGCCCAGCAUUGCAAAGCGCCACAUUGACCAGAAAUUUGUUCUGCAGCUGCUGGAGCUGUUCGACAGCGAGGACCCGAGGGAGAGGGACUUCCUGAAGACCAUCCUGCAUCGGAUUUAUGGGAAGUUCCUGGGGUUGCGGGCCUUCAUCAGGAAGCAGAUCAACAACAUUUUCUUGAGGUUCAUCUAUGAAACUGAGCACUUCAACGGUGUUGCUGAGCUGCUAGAAAUCCUGGGAAGCAUCAUCAAUGGGUUUGCGUUGCCUCUGAAGGCAGAGCACAAGCAGUUCCUUAUGAAGGUGCUCAUCCCGUUACAUACAGCUAAAGCACUGGCCCUUUUCCAUGCACAGCUGGCCUACUGUGUGGUCCAGUUCCUGGAGAAAGAUCCUACACUCACUGAGCCGGUGAUCCGCGGGCUGCUGAAGUUUUGGCCUAAAACCUGCAGCCAGAAAGAGGUGAUGUUCCUGGGUGAAAUUGAGGAGAUUCUGGAUGUCAUUGAGCCGACGCAAUUCAAGAAAAUCCAGGAGCCGUUAUUCAAACAGAUCUCUAAAUGUGUGGCCAAUCCACACUUUCAGGUAGCGGAGCGAGCGCUGUACUUCUGGAAUAACGAGUACAUUCUCAGCCUCAUCGAGGAGAACAUCGAUAAGGUCCUUCCCAUCAUGUUCGGCAGCCUGUACAGAAUCUCCAAAGAGCACUGGAACCCGACAAUCGUAGCGCUGGUCUACAACGUGCUGAAGACACUGAUGGAGAUGAACUGCACGUUGUUUGAUGAGCUGACUUCCUCUUAUAAAGCAGACCGGCAACGAGAGAAGAAGAAGGAGCAGGAGAGGGACGAGCUGUGGAAGAAGCUGGAUGAGUUGAGGCUCAGCGACAGCACUCUCGUCCAGAACAACAGCCACGGGCUCCCGGGUGUCCAGAAUAACAACAACAACAACAACAACAACAACAACAAUAGUAAUAAUAAUGACAACCGGGACAAGAGCGCCGAGGCCGCCGUCACCACAGAAAACAAAGAUCCUGACGACAGUGUCGCAGCCAGUGAGAGCAGCCCAAGUGCCAAAUGACACCGGAUGUCAGUUUUUUAUUCCCUAACGGUUUGACAUCGUGUUCAGGACUGUCAGGAGAGGAUUAACGGAGACGGAAAAAAACACAAAUUACACCUCAACAGUAUAUUAAAUCUACUUAGAGUGACUUAGAACGCCAGCAUUUCCUUGGCAGAAAAAAAUAUAUAUUUCAACUUAAGACUAUUUUUGGAUGUUACAGUGUGGCUGCAGUAUCUUGUUUAUUUGUCUGAUCAAAGAUUUAUCCUUUCACAUUUAGUUUCUUAACUGAAAAUGAUUUUUCUUUUUGUUAUAUUCGUUGUAUGAUACAUGGGAGGGGAGAAAAUAAUAAUGACUUGAAUUUAAUGUUUCCGAUUGUGCUGCACUUAGACAAGCUGAAUAGCUAUUUAAAGAUGUCUAUUUUUUAAUGUGCUUUUCCUUGUUGCUGCCAACACUUGGGUGCAAACCUUAAGGAAGAAGGGAACUGCGGACUUUGGGAGUAUUUGGGGGCAGAUGGGACCAGAUUCAUAAUUAAAUAUUUAGUGUCCGUUGAUGUAUAGAGAGAGGCGGUUAUCAGGAGCAGAAGCUACGGGACAGUUAUCUCACGUUAGAGAUAGAGAAGGGGAGGUGCAUGGCCAAAAGGUAAAUCCUAAAGAAGAAGAAGAAGAAUCUCAGAUAUGGAUUGAUAUCUCUGUAAGUGACUCUAUGAAGUUAAAACUUGUUCACAAUUAGGGUAGCUGUCACAUUUGUGAGAUUUAGUUUUGUGCUUCAGGUGUUGGUAAAUAUUUUUUUAGCUGGGUGAAAACGUGAAGCUAAUAGAUGUGACACAACAACUGCAUUUAUAAGAUUACACUAAAGUAUUGAAACAGGACUUUUAAAGAAUGAAAUGUUUUUCAGCCAGUCGGAAAGUUUCCACAUUUUAGGAACAAGGCUUAUCGGGCUUUCUUACCAAGAGUUAGAUGAGAAGUUUGAUACCACUCAUGUUUGUACGAUAAAUAUGAAGCUAAAGCCUGCAGCUGGCUUAGCUUAGCUUAGCAUAAAGACUGGAAACGGAGGGAAACUGCUAGCCUGGCUCCUUCUAAAGCCCGCUUCAGACCUACUUGAGCCCUGAAAAAAAACGAGUCGUCCUGCAAGGCGCUGCGUUCACAAACAUGCAAGCACACAUUCCUGGUAGAUUACCUCGCAAUCGUCGUGACCAAAGAUAAAAUAGUUUUUAUUUUACCUUCCAGAGUUGUAAAAUCCUGUCUUGAGUAUUACAAACAUGUUUAAUGUUGUUGCUCCAACUGGACUUCCUGGAGCCUUUCAUUGUCUAACCAGUACCUUAAUCAACGCAGCCCAAACUACGUGUAUUAACGACAAUUUGCCGUUUCUAGGGGACGAUGCGUAACGGACUAUUCCUGAAUUGUUGUUUUUACACUUAGGUGUUGGUAUUGAGUAAAGAAACUAAAUAAAAGAUGUUCAUUAGUGAGCUUUAGAAGAGAUAGUAGGUGGAUUUUUGAUAGUUUUGGACCGAGCCAGGCUAGCUGAUUUCCCCCCCCCCCCCCCGUUUCCAGUCUUUAUGCUAAGCUAAGCUAACUGGCUGUAGCUUCAUAGUUACCGUGCAGAUACGAGAGAGGGUUCUAUCUUCUCAUCUAACUCGGCAAGAAAGCGAAUAAGAGCAUUUCCCAAAAAAAAAACUAACUGUUCCUUUUAAAAGAUUAAGAAAUAAAAACAUAUGAAACCUACAGUACUAUAUUUUUCCAGAGUAUUGACGAGGCAAAUAUUUUCGAAUGUUUCAUUUUGCAGAUGGAUUAUGAUGGGAUGCAGGAUGCGCUUGAGUGUAUAUUUGUUGAGUGCGUAUAUGUGUAUAUGUUAGUUUGGAGGCUACUUAAAGGGAAAUGCCACUCAAUUUAAGAUUUUCUGUACAGUAUAUUGUUUCCGUGGUCUAGGAAAGUGCAGUCUUAGGAACAUAAAUGGUUAUCUGUCAAAUCUGAAAAAGACUUACACUUGUCUUACCACUUAUCUGGCAUUUCACAAUGCACAAGAGGCUGAUGUUGUGAGUUUUUAUAUCCAAACAAGACUCAUUAUGAAGUAGUGAUAUCAAGAAAAUGAACACCAGAAAAUCCAAGUAAUCUUUACCAUCAAUGCCUGUUCACUCCCUGCAUCUCCAGACUUUAUAACCUCACAUUUGCUUUUAGUUUCUGACGUCGGGAGUUUAUGAAUGUGUUCAUGAACUUUAAUCUUGACUGCCGUAGAUCAUAGGAACAACUUGUGACUUUUUUCUUUUUUUUAAAUUGAAUGGUGUUCCCUCUGAACCCCGAGUGUCUGCUCUCUUACUUCUUCUGAGUUCACAUUUUUAGGUCCAGUCUUUUCUGAUGCCUUUCUGUCAGUACAGCAUUCCAACCUCUGUGACGUUACAAAAAAAACUGCGUGGGGAACCUGUUUUGUAAUCGCGGAUCUUAUUUAGGUUUCACCAUCAAAUAAAGUCUACUUUAUCUUUCUACUCAAA